AUGUUUAUAUUAUUUCGCGCAUGCGUCAUCUCUAAUUGGUUUUUUCUUUCUCCUCUUAGUUUUUUUGCUGUUGUAUCUAAUAUUUAAAAUUAUUCAGUAAGACAAAGUAAGUAAAGUUGACAAUUGGGUUAUUCUAUACACAAAAUUGUUGCCAAAAUAUUAAGUUAUUCGGAUAAUGCUAAAUUAUAGAUAAAAAAAAGAGAAACGCCUCCAAUGAUCUGCGCGAAAACAGAUAUUUAUAUAAGAAACAAAGAAUAUUGAAACUUUCGAACGCAACAGUUGUUUACGUUGCGUAACUUUACAUUACAUAAUGCAUCAUAGGCUUUGUUGUAAUUACGUUCUAUUUGACAGUUGUCUGAAAUCCGCCUACUGAAACGAAGAUGAGUUAAGUUAUGGCCGACAACGUUUCUGUCGAUUCUGGAAACGACGACUACGUAUUUGUUAAUUCCAAACCCAAACUUAAUAUAGCUAAAAACGGUAACAUUAGCGAUUUAUGUCAAGAAAUGAAUGAAGUAUUAAAGGAUGCCGGAACUUCCGAGGAGGAAGCAAAUAGUAGAAAGAAUCCUUUUGACGAUCCGCUUGGUGCUAAUAAUCCACCACCGGAGGCUAUUGUGGAUGAGGGUUCAACAAUAUUCAACGGUGUAACAUAUUUAGGUGCAGCUGUUGUAAACGCACCCAGAAGUGAACCAGAAAUUAACAGGAAUAUGGAGAUAUUAAAUUCUCAAAAUCAAGUUUCAUAUUCAAUAAUUCUUGCUGUUCCAUCAGAUUCAGAAGGAACCGUAAGGCUAUUGGAUCCGGGAACAAAUGUGGAAAUAGCAUCCUACAGAAUUCAUAGAAUACUUUUUUGCUGUCGUGGUCCGCCAGAUAAAUCGAUAUGCAAUUGUUUCGCUUUUAUUUGUAGUCACGGCGAAAAUCAAGAUAGUACAACCUAUCGCUGUCACGUAUUCAGAUGCAAUUUACAAGAAGCGACUGGUCGUAUUUUAUACAAUUUUGCUAUGGCAUUUCAAAAAACUCCAUCUGCCUUGACAAGACGACAAGCUAGCAUCUCCGAGCAAGUUUUUAACUUUAACGUCAACCUAGAGAUAAAAGAAGACGAUGGCAAAGGUGGAUUUAGUACAUGCCCUAGAGACAAGAACGCUUUUAAAUUUAGAUGCGAUUUGGAAAAGAAAUUAAUUAUUAACGUUACGCAAACAUCCAACGAAGAACUCAAGAUCGAAAGGUGUUUUGGAUUACUGAUAAGCCCUGGACGCAACGUUAAACACAGCGACAUGCAUCUAAUCGAUAUGGUAUCGAUGGGUGCGUCAAAUGAAGGAAAGACUUAUAUAAUAUCUGGACAUUGGGAUCCAACAGACCCAAAUUUCCAAAUCCUUAACACGGAAACUCAUGGAGAUACAAAAGUUUUCCUGACUAUCGCAAUUGACCUAGUUAUUAUUGGAAUUCAAGAACCAGUACGAUUUCUUAUUGAAAGCAAGGCGAAAAUUUUUCCAACAAAUGAAAGAUUUUGGUACAUAACCAAGAAGCCUUUACAAGAUACCUUUGUUCUGAAGCUGAAGAGAAAUGAAAAUGAGAAAGGCGAUGCUCUAUUCGAUGUUUUAAGUAUCGAAAGUCAAACUGAAAUCGAUCGGGCGGCUAGUAUGUCGUUAAAAAUACAACCGAAUCAAAUCGCUAUCGAAACUGUUCAAACGCCUAUGGCUGACGGACCAGAUGAUGAUUCUGGUAAUGACGAACCACUUAUGAGUGGAUCUGGUUUAGUAAGCAAAGAAAUAACGGAUGAUGAACUUUUGUCAAAUUGGCAGCAAGUCUUAGUUAAAUGGAAUCAAAAUUUAAACCAAAAACCAAAACAAGUCACUGAAUUGGUUAGGAAAGGCGUACCGGAAGCUUUACGUGGGGAAGUUUGGCAACGCCUCAGUAAUUGCCAUCUACAUACAGAACUACUAGACGCAUAUCGCAUACUAAUUACAAAGCCUUGGUUUCUCCGAUGGGCUCUUUGCGUGGUAUAUUAUCUGACAAUAGCAAUAGACAACUAUGGCAACAGAUAUCUAAGAAUAGCUAUAGCUACUAUCGAUAGAAUCGAAGUUAUAGAACUGCAAGAUGCUGCAAAGUGGCAUAAUUUACACAUUGUCGAGCUGAGAUAUCCCUCCGAAAACAUGCCAGUUAUUCUCGCGGGUACAACUAGUAAACCAACAGAAGCUCUGGCUGUUACCAAAGACAGUAGAAAUAGAUUUGAAGAUACUCUUCGGAGUUUAGGAUGUUUAAUUAUCGCAAUAACGACGAGGAGAUUAGAUGUUAUAGUUAGAAAAAUACAUAUUGAAUACAAAGUUAUGAAUACUUUCUUCGCCACAUCAUUGCUGCCAAAUUCCGCUUCAGUUUCGGGUUCAAAUUCUCCUUUUGCCUCUCCUUCGGGGAAUGGUUCAUUUUCUGGUAGAGCCAGAUUCGGUUGA